CACGCUCAAGUAACUUGUUAAUUAUUGUGCUCUGUACUGGAACUCUAUCUAUCUGUAUGACUGCAGUCUAUCUAUCUUUCUAUCUAUCUAUCUAUAUAUCUAUCUGUCUAUCUAUCUGUAUGACUACCUGUUUAUCUCUUAUCUAUCCGACUGCAGAAUCUAUUUUGUGAGCCAAUGGGGAAUCGCAAGGAAACUUGAAGCUUUUUGUAAAACAGUCAAGCAGUCUUCUUCAUCACUCUCAUUUCCCCCUCUCUGUCACAAAUUUCCCCUUUCUCUUAUUGUUUUCUCUCCCGCUUACCCCUCUUUUCUCCCUCUCCUCUCUCUUCCUCCUCCGCUGUCUGCCCCUCUUUUUCCCUCCUCUCGAUCCUCCACUCUUUCCCCCUCUCACCCCAUCUCCCUCCCCUCUCUCUCCCGCUCACUCCCUUCCGCUCUCCCUCCCCCUCUCUCUCUCUCUCUCUGACUCACUCGUUUGUUGGCUAGCGAUGCGGUUCUGUUCAGCUCCCCUCUGGGUUUGGAUUAUCUCAGCUUUGACCCGAUGGACCGUAGAAUCAGUAGAAGUGAUGCUUCUUGACACGACUCGUUCAACGGCUGAGAUGGGAUGGAGCACACAUCCAGACACUGGGUGGGAUGAGGUCAGUGUCCUUGACGAUCGCAACCAGCUGAUUCGCACCUACGAGGUCUGUAACUUCAACCUGCCCAAUCAGAACAACUGGCUGGCCACACCCUUUGUGAUGCGAGGCUCCGCCCCCCGCAUGCAUGUGACGCUGCGCUUCAGCGUGCGAGACUGCAGCAGCGUGCGGAAUGUGGGAGCAAGCUGCAAGGAGACUUUCACCCUGUACUACAAGGAGGCUGACUCCCAGACAGAGGCACUAAAGGGCUGGGGAGAGACGGAGGAUGAUGGAGAGCCGGGAGGGGGUGGCUGGGUGAAGAUCGACACCAUCGCUGCUGAUAAAAGCUUCUCCAGAGUGGAGCAGAGCCAACAAUAUGAUAGCAAGAGGGGCCACAGAAUGAACGUCAAGACCAGGAGCUUCGGACCUCUCACUCGCAAAGGCUUCAUUCUGGGUUUUGUGGACAGUGGCGCCUGCAUCUCUCUGGUUGGUGUUUCACUGUUCUACAGGAAGUGCCCCGAGACAUUCCGGAGCCUCGCUCACUUCCCGGACAUGCCCUCGGGGGCGGAGCCAUCCUCGCUGGUGCCGGUGGACGGGAGCUGCGUGCCCAACGCCCAAUCCCAGACAGCCACGCCCCCCAAGCUGCACUGCAAUGCUGAUGGUGAAUGGAUGGUGCCUGUGGGAGUGUGUGUCUGUGAGGCGGGGUUUGAGUCCAAUCAGAAUGGGAGCGCUUGUACUGCCUGUCAUCCUGGUCACUUCAAGCCUGAUGUCUCCAAGUCCCCCAGCUGUUCUCCUUGCCCUGCUCAGUCUCACAGUUCCCAGGAGGGCUCCUCAGUGUGUCAGUGUCUCAGCGGCUUCUACAGAGCCCCAGAGGAAAGCAGUGAUUCACCCUGCACUGCCCCCCCCUCUGCACCUCAGGACCUGCACUGGGAGUCGGAGGGCUCCGGUCUGACCCUGCGUUGGAGGGCUCCCCUCUCGCUGGGGUCCCGCGAGGACCUGCGCUACAAUGUGCUGUGCAGGAUGUGCCCUGCGCCCCACUCGGUGUGUCUGCGCUGCAGGGACGGAAUCACAUUCACCCCGGGGCAGCAGGGCCUGAGUCAGACCAGGGUUCAGGUUCACAACCUGCUGCCCAGGGUGCACUACACCUUCCAGGUUCAGGCAGUGAAUGGAGUUACUGGUCAAAGUCCGCAGGCCCCGCAGUACAGCAGCGUGAACGUCAGCAUCAGCCAGUCAGUGCCGUCUUCAGUACCCAUGAUGCACCAGGUUAGCCGCACCCCUGAUUCAAUCACGCUCUCCUGGCCACAACCGGACAAUCCCAACGGGGACAUUCUGGAUUACCAAAUCCGCUACUUCGACAAGUCCGGGGAUGAGGAGAGCUCUGUGCUUCUCUCCAGUGAGACAAACAUGGCCACGGUUCAGGGUCUGAGCUCGGGGACGAUCUACGUCUUCCAGAUCCGUGCCAGGAAUGAGAUGGGAUAUGGAGCAUACAGUGGGAAACUGUACUUCCAGACACUGCUGGAGGAGGAGCGCUCGGAGGCAGUUCAGAAGAAGCUCCCCCUGAUGGUAGGCUCAGUGCUGGGAGGAAUGGCUUUCCUACUGGUGGGAGCCAUGCUCAUACUGGUCUUCGUCUUCAGGAGCAAACGAAGAGAAAGCACGUACAGUGACAGACUGCAGCGUUACAUCAGCACCAGAGGAGGCGGAGUCAAGUACUAUGUUGACCCCUCGACCUAUGAGGACCCCAACGAGGCUAUCCGCGAGUUUGCCCGGGAAAUCGAUCCAGCUCACGUGAAGAUUGAAGAAGUUAUCGGAGCCGGUGAGUUCGGAGAGGUGUGCAGAGGCAAACUGAAGCCCGCUGGGAAGCGAGAGAUAACCGUGGCGAUUAAAACCCUUCGAUCAAGCUGCAUGGACUCUGAGAAACGUACCUUCCUCAGUGAGGCCAGCACCAUGGGACAGUUCGAUAACCCCAAUGUCCUGAAGCUGGAGGGAGUAGUGACCCGCAGCCGGCCGGUUAUGAUCAUCUCAGAGUUCAUGGAGAAUGGAGCGCUCGACAGCUUCCUCCGGGAGAACGAGGGUCAGUUCAGUGUGCUGCAGUUGGUGGGAAUGCUCCGUGGGAUUGCAGCAGGGAUGCGCUAUCUGUCAGAGAUGAAUUUCGUUCACCGGGACCUGGCUGCUCGCAAUGUGCUGGUGAACUCUAACCUGGUGUGCAAGGUGUCUGACUUCGGGCUGUCCCGAUUUUUGAGAGGGGAUGACGAGUCCCUGCCAACCUACACUGCAGCGCUGGGCAGUAAGAUUCCUAUUCGCUGGACCGCUCCAGAGUCCAUUCAGUACAGGAAGUUCACAUCAGCCAGUGACGUGUGGAGCUUUGGCAUCGUCAUGUGGGAAGUGACAUCAUACGGGGAGCGGCCCUACUGGGACAUGAGUAACCAGGAGGUGAUGACAGCAGUGGGAGAUGAAUACCGCCUUCCUGCCCCUCCUAACUGCCCUGGGACUUUACACUCCCUCAUGCUGGACUGCUGGUUGAAGGACCGGUCCGAGAGACCCGGGUUCGAGCAGAUAGUGUCCACACUAGACAAGCUCAUCAGACACCCCGCCGGGCUGAAGGCAAUAUCCACACACACCAACAGACCCUCCCAGCCGUUGCUUAGCAACACCCCGGUGGAUUUCUCCACUCUCAGCUCUGUCUCCGAUUGGCUGGAUGCUCUCAAGAUGGGCAGAUACAAAGAGGAAUUCAGCAGUGCAGGAAUGAACUCGCUAGAGACUGUGUCCAGAAUGACACUCGAAGAUAUUCAACGCGUGGGAGUUUCACUCCUGGGACACCAGAAAAAAAUCCUGAACAGCAUCCAGCUGCUGAGAGUGCACCAGAACCAAGGCCAGAUCGAGGUGUAGAGAGGGGUCAGGAAGGCGGAGGUGGGGUAAUACUGUAUUGAAUUCACUGACAGAUCUGAGUCUGUAUGUGUCAUGUAAAGAUAUUUAAACUUGCUGUCCGAAAUUGUAUAAAGUCAAUCGUUUUAUUUCUUCGAUGUACGUUUGUAACGUCUAACUGUUAAAAUUGUAAAAUACAUUUCUUUUAUUUAACAAA